AUGGGGGAGCAGCAGAGCUCGCUGAGCGCCCCGCGGGCGACCGUCGCGCCGCCGAGCCCGGCCGGAGCCCCGCGGGAGCCCGGCCCGGACGAGCCGCCUUCGCCGCGAGAGGCGGUCCCGGGCGGCGGGGCGGCCGGGCUGGGGCUAGGCGGGGAGCUGCCGCCGGCCGCCGCCGGCCCCGAGCGGCGAGGGACCGAAGAGGAGGCGGAGGCGGCAGCCGGACCGGAGCAGCCGCCGGGCUCGGGGGAGCCGGCGGCCCCGGCGGAGGAGGGGCCGGAGGGAGGCAGCGGCCGCCGCCGCCCCCCCCGGCGGCACGUGUACUGCACCGUCUACUGCGUGGAGAACGAUCGGCCGGCGGUGGCCCCCGGCUCCCCCCACGGCGGCCCGGCCGCGGGGCAGCCCCCGGCGCGGCGCGGGGUAGUGCCGGGCGACGACCCGCUGUCGUCCGGCGGCAGCAUCGAGGUGGUGGACUUGUACCUGCUGCCCGAGCCUUUCUCCGGGCUGAUCGCGGGCGAGUUCGGACCGCUGCUGGUGCUGAGCUGCCGCGUGUGCCUGGAGGAGAAGCCCAUCAAGCCCCUGUCUUGCUGCAAGAAGGCGGUGUGCGAGGAGUGCCUCCGGCGGUACCUCAGCUCCCAGGUGCAGCUGGGACAAGCAGAUAUAAAAUGCCCCAUCACAGAGUGCAGCGAACACCUGGAUGAAACAACUGUCCUCUAUAACCUGCCCCAUGACGACAUCAUCAAGUAUAAAUACUUCCUGGAACUCAGCCGCAUUGACUCCAGCACCAAGCCAUGCCCUCAGUGCAAGCACUUUACAACCUUCCGGAGGAGAGGCCACAUUCCUACCCCUGCCAAAUUGGAGAACAAAUACAAAAUCCAGUGUCCAUCUUGCCAAUUUGUCUGGUGUUUCAAGUGCCACUCUCCCUGGCAUGAAGGUGUUAACUGCAAAGAAUACAAGAAGGGAGACAAGCUGUUACGUCACUGGGCCAACGAAAUCGAACACGGGCAGAGGAAUGCUCAGAAGUGUCCAAAAUGCAAGAUCCACAUCCAGAGAACUGAAGGAUGUGACCACAUGACCUGUUCACAGUGUAACACUAAUUUCUGUUACCGAUGUGGGGAGAGAUACCGCCAGCUCCGCUUCUUUGGAGACCACACGUCAAACCUCAGUAUCUUUGGAUGCAAAUACCGCUACCUCCCCGAGAGACCACAUUUAAGGAGAUUAGUGCGAGGCUCUGUCUGUGCUGGAAAACUACUCAUUACACCCCUAAUAUUGGUUCUGGGACUGGCACUGGGAGCCGUAGCUGUUGUAAUAGGUUUAUUUGUGUUUCCUAUCUAUUGCCUUUGUAAAAAGCAGAGGAAAAGGUCACGGACAGGUAUGCCCUGGUGAGGAUGGACAUUACUCGCCUGAACUGAGCUGGUCCUGCAAGGGCUAUCCGUGUUUUGUGUGACAGAGCAAUACAGUGCUGGUUACAGCGUCAAAGCCACCGCCCUGGACGAAAACGGGGGCUCUCCUGCCAUCUUCCCUCAGCCGAAAACACUACUGCAGACCAGAAAGCCUCUUUGCUCUGGUGCACUCUCAACAAGAUGGGCCCCCUGACUGCUGCUUUUUAAUUGUCUUUGGUUUGGGGUUUUUUAGUUAUGACUUUGGAGGGGUUUUUUUGAGUCUAAGUUUCUGAAACAGACAAUCCAACUCUGCAUUGUAGCCACAACUCUACUACCGAUUUGGCCUGUGAAGAAAGCAUUUAACUGCUAACGUGCUCGUUUAACUUCAGCAUCGGCCUUUAAGGUGGAAAUGCUUACAAGUGUUCGGACUCUUACUGUAUACUGAGCAUACUACUUUUGGUAUUAAAAGCUACUUCUGUAAAUAA